AUGGCUCUGUGGGCCACUCAGUCGCUGAAGCAGACACCGACAGGAGUGACCAUGUGGUGCGAACGGCUAGUACUCGUCCUCAUCUCCCUGCUCGCCGGCGGCUGCGCCGGACAGUGGGCCGUGGUCAAGGGCUACCGCGUCGUCAUGAAGGCGGAUAUCGUCAGAGACUUUCCGGGCAUGUGCUACGAUGUGAGCAGCUGCUCGGCGAGGGCGGUCAACGAGAGCUGGGCAAUCGGGUCCUGCAGCAGAGCAGCCUGCGAAGUGGACGAAUCGGGCAUACUCCUCGAAGUCCAUUACACGUGUCCACGGCUGCAGAACCGGCCGACACUCAUGUGCGAUAUCAUCGAGGACAAGAGGCUCCCUUUCCCGGCCUGCUGUCCCCGCAUGAUCUGCCAGAGGCACAAGAAGCAGCCUCCCCCGACGCAAACCAAGCUCAAGCCCUUCACGCCGCACGCCACUGUCGACAAGGAGCUCAGGAAGAUACCCUUCGUGCUCAAGAGGUUCCUUGAAGUUCAAAACACAACCCUGCUCGACGCCAUCAUCCUGAACCGGAUCAAAGCAUUAGAGGCAGCCGCGAAUGCCAGCGUCGUUUACAUGGGACAAACAUUCAACAUGUCCUUCAAUGGCUCUUCUGACGUCGAUGGCUUCUCAGAGGCUGCCCUCACAACGGAAGGACCAGGAACCACGACACAGGACACCACGCCUUUCGCCACAACAGAAGACACUGUCACGACUCCAUCGCCGACACCGUCGACCACAGCCCAAACUGUGCAGGUAACGACCACCACUACAGAGGCCCCGGUCGUAAUCCUCAACGGAAGCGGAUUCCAAAGCGAGUCCCUGGAGUUCCAGCCACGCCAGAAUGUAUCCAUAGACGACGAUGAACUGUCCUUCCUCAACGAUGCCCCGCUGGUUCCGGCCGACGACACCACACCACCGAGUCAGCCGGAAACUGCAAAGACCACUACCGUUGAGAAAACAACAUCAGAGACGGCCACAACCAGGCCCGACGUUGUUCCGGUGACAUCUGCUAUCAAGGUCACGACAGAAGUUACGGAAUCUGUCCCAGCGAGUCCAACUGAACAUACUACAACCACAGAAGUGCACGACACAACCAGGACCGUCGCCCUCACGGUGCCAGAGUCGAUAUUCCACACGACGAUCCUGCCUUCCACAGAGCCACCUACAACCACCACCGCUGCCCCCGUGCAAGACGAGCUCAAGACGAAGUCCACUCCUGGUGGAAAGAAGGACUCGAACUUGCCCACUAUCCUGAGGUCUCUGGUGGACAAUGUCUUCGACUACUACGACUACAUCGACUACUACGUCCCAGGUCAGAAGAGAAACGCAUCAUCUACACAAGAGAAGGAAGCAGGUGCCGUGGAACGAAGGAAGAUUCCCGAGUCCAUGAUGGAGCUAGUGAAGGAGCAGCUCACCAAGCAGACAACCAGGAAUGAGACCGUUGCAACCGACGGCAACGAGGAGCUUCCGCAGGGGGACCAGCCAUCCAGUGAGGAGCCAGAGACUACUACCGCAGACCCCGAUGACCAGGAACUCCAGAAGGAGCUUGUAACCAAGGUGGAAGUUGACCUUCAUCGCGUGCCAAAGCUGGGCUCGCAGGAAGACAGCACUAGGGCACCAGCGACUACGGCGACCACCGCGGUGACACAAGCGACAACCACGAAGGCUGUACCUAUCACAACCGAGACUACCAAGGCUUCUGAAAGGCCCGUUUCAACCACAGCUACCGAGCAGCAGGUAAGGACUGAACAAACGACGGAGGCUUCAAUCAAUCUCGUCAAAAGCGCAGGUGCCGAACAACCCAGGAGGGGCAUAAACCUGUUGAUUGAAAACCUGGCGGCUCCAGAGCCGGAGCAAAGCUCCACGACUGGAGCUACAACAGCAAGCUCCAUAACCACACAAGCCCCAACCACUAUAACUACAACAACCCAAGCUCCACAGACGCCAGCAUCUACAACGCAGGAAGCAACCACGGCAACGCCCACAACACCAGAAGCAACGGAGCCCCCCGCAACCCCACGGGCAUCAACGACGACAACGGUGGCCCCUACAACCAGACCAGCAACCACGCUAGCAAUUAGAACCGUCCCCUUUGAAGUCGUCACCACGAAUGCACCCCGAACAACUCAAACAGCUGUCACAACUCAGACCCCGUCAUCAACGACAGUUCCUCCCACAACCACCACUUCGCCGGCUACUUCCGCGCCUACAACGCCAAAACCAACCAGCCAUCGUGCCGAAACAGAUGCUACCAUAACCGAGGUUCAAAGUACACAGACAAACGCACCCACAUCAUCUGGAACCCCAACGACAUCUGCACCAACCAAUGCACCGUCCACCGGAGAUGUGCUCAUAACCAAGACUGCUCCCCCACUUUCAAGUGAAUCCCUCAUAGCUGACCGACGAAAUGCAACGGUCACACCGCUGCUAACCACACCAGAAGCAACGACUGUUGGUGUCACGACAUCCACGACGACACCGGCUCCCUCGACAGUGAAGCUGACAACGCAGCAAGCCAAGCAGUCCGCCGCCACGGGCUCGAACCUCAAAACUGAGAGGACCCAGAAGACUGUCAACGGGACUACCAAGUCACCAAAUGCGCCGUCGCAAAACAAUGACGUCGAGUACAUCGACUACGUGUACUACUACGACUAUGUUGACAUUCCGGACAACUCGACGACCAAUGGAACAAGCUCGUCCAGAAACAGCACGGGUGUACAGCCGACCCAGCUUAAACAGAAUGUGACCCAGUGAGCUUCUACGUGCAAGGUAUAGAAGAAGCGCCAUCGAAAGAAACAAACU